AUGCCUCUGCGGCCUAGUUGCAAGGCCGCGUCGUGGAACGGCUGUUUGGACGGUAGUAAUUGGCGAACGAAGUGCACCAACGAGCAAACCAAAUGCUCUGGUUGCCUCCGAAACGACAUAGUUUGCCAGUACUCGUCAUCCACAGCCUGGGAUUCACAUGCAUCACCUCCUAUAACACCGCAAUCACUCUCCAGCUCUUAUCUCUUUGCGGACAACAGAGACUCGAUGACUUCUGCCAGUUCUUGCACGCUUUCUUCGGACCUUAAUACCCGUGAUCUGGAACUCAUGGUUCAAUGGUGCACUGCGACGUAUCGUUCCAUCGCCCAAAAUAGCACCGUGGAAUGGAUUUGGCAUGCCGUCGUCCCGCGUGAGGCGAUGCAUUACCCAUCUUUGAUGCAUGGCAUUCUAGCUCUCUCCGCGUUGCAUCUGUCAAAUAGCAGUAGUGGGAGUGCGAAAGAUGCUUACCUGACGGUGGCGCAGGUUCAUCACAGUCGGGCUAUUGUUGGAGUUUCACCUAAGGCGGCGGGAAGUCCCAAUUUGUCCGAUUGUAAUGCGACAUUUGCCUUAUCCAGCAUCAUGAUGGUGUAUUGUUUUGGCAUUGCCCGGAUCCGAAGGCCAGCAAAAGAAGGCUCCCCACCCCUACAGGAACUAUGUGCAGCCUUCCAACGUGCCCAAGAGUCGGCAAAUGUGUUAGCAGUUCUGGUCGAGAGGGUAAGUCAGGGAGAGCUGCGACCACUGCUGGAAUGCGACAACUGCCACCCGAAAAUGCCCAACACCUCGAGAAUGGCUAUUAUGACACUGUCACGACUAAAUAUGAGCCUCGCCGCUCGAGAUCCAGGGCAUGAAAAGGCCAUGUACGAUAUAAUCAUUGAGCACCUGGGCCACUCGCUGGACAAACUCGCCAGAGGUGGAGAGGCCUUGGUUAUUCUAUUCUACUGGAUAUUCAAUGUCCCAACUCGGUUCCAGGAGUUGUUAAAGGAGCAUCGUCCUUUGGCGCUGGUUAUCUUGGCCCACUAUGCGGUGGUAAUCCAUUCGCUCAGAGGAAACUGGUGGAUGGGUGAUCUGGGAGCCCGCAUUAUUGAGUAUAUCGGUCAACGCCUGAGCGCAGAAUGGAGGCCUUCAAUCGACUGGGUGCUUGAUGCAACUGGCUGUUAUAUUCCUCCAAUCUGA